UAAAAUGCUAGCUAAGUAGAGAAGUGCCUAAUUGAAUGACAGCUGACGGCGGGAGUAGGUAUGACGAUGGCUCACGUGGGCGCGGUGGUUGCUGCUGUCACUGGUGUGAUGGCCAUUCUGUUGCACUCCUCCAUUCAUAAGAUUGAAGAGGGACAUUUGGCUGUGUACUAUAGAGGCGGGGCUUUGCUGACCAGUCCUAAUGGCCCAGGAUACCACAUCAUGCUGCCGUUCAUUACAACCUACAGAUCUGUGCAGACAACAUUACAGACAGACGAAAUAAAGAAUGUGCCUUGUGGAACGAGCGGAGGUGUGAUGAUUUACUUUGACCGUAUUGAGGUUGUGAACAUGCUGGUUCCGUCUGCGGUGGUGGACAUAGUGCGGAACUACACCGCAGACUACGACAAAACUCUGAUUUUCAACAAAAUCCAUCAUGAGCUGAAUCAGUUCUGCAGUGUGCACACUCUGCAGGAGGUCUACAUCGAGUUGUUUGAUAUUAUUGAUGAGAAUCUGAAAACCGCUCUGCAGAAGGACCUGAAUGUCAUGGCUCCAGGUCUCACAAUUCAGGCUGUUCGCGUCACAAAGCCUAAAAUCCCAGAGGCUAUCAGGAGAAACUAUGAGCUGAUGGAAGCUGAGAAGACCAGACUGCUCAUCACUGCCCAGACUCAGAAGGUUGUGGAGAAGGAGGCAGAGACGGAGAGGAAAAAGGCCAUCAUAGAGGCUCAGAAGGUUGCUCAGGUGGCUGAGAUCCACUUUCAGCAGAAAGUGAUGGAGAAGGAGACAGAAAAGAGGAUUUCUGAAAUUGAAGAUGCUGCUUUCUUGGCGAGAGAGAAGGCCAAAGCUGACGCUGAGUAUUACACUGCCGCCAAGUUCGCAGAGGCCAACAGACUCAAACUGACCCCGGAGUACCUGGAGCUCAUGAAGUACCAGGCCAUUGCAUCCAACAGCAAGAUCUACUUUGGCCAGGACAUCCCCAACAUGUUUGUGGACAACAGCGCUUCUCCCGUGGGCAAGAUCCAAGACGAGGCGGAGCUGUCCGAGCCGCUGGAGCCCUUGAGUACUUUGGACAGGGCCAAGAAAGGGCCCAGAGCCUCGGAAGGCAGAGGCGCUCACUGAUUGGUCCAUGUCGCUGCUCCCGCCCCCUCUCUCUGCCUAGGGCUCAUGGGCUUGUGUGGCUGUCUUAGAUACUUGUUUGUUUGUUUGUUUGUUUUUUCUCAUGUUGUAUAGGGUGGUGGGAUGCUUUAGAAAAGGAUGCUGAUGUAUUCCCAACCAAAUGACUGAAUCUCCCAUCAGUGGCCUGUGGAAGUCAGGAAUAUUGACUUCCAGAAAUGUCCAGGGUUUGGGCUCCUGAUGGAACAGUGCUGCCUGUAUUCGGACAGACCGGGCUUAAAUCCUGUUACUUCAACCGCUUAAAUGUCUGUCUGCCCAUGCAAGACUUGCAUUUUUGUCAUUUCAACUCUUGCAGAUGUUUGGUAAAUCCAUGUAUGUAGUGUGUGUGUGUGUGGUGAACUGCCUGUGGGUGGGUGUGUUGACAUGCAGAGAGCUGAUUGUGAGAUGUCAUCUUUGGUGUAACUGGAAUCACAAGGCUUUACACUAAUUGAUUUUGAGGGCAACAAAUGAUGUAGCUGUAAUCUGGCUGAUUGCGUUCUCAGCUCUGUUCCUGAGUGCGUGUUCUGUGGCGUUUGGUCUUUUGCAGUUGGUUGUUGUUGAAGGUGCAGGAGCGGUGAGCUGGUGGAGAGAAACACUAGAGUCAGAUAACAUGUCUCAUGGUCUCAUCGUAAUGCCCUCCUUUAAAAGCACAUGCACUCAUUCUAAAAUGCAUGACUGUCAUUGGUUGAUUUUCCAGAGCCUGUAGGACUGAUGUUUGGCAAAUGUUUUAAAUGAGAAAAUUGAGACCUGGAUUAUUUGGUGCUGUGUUUAGUUUUGUUUUCUGUCUGAACUGGUAGAUGCUUGAGGCUGGAGAAGGGGUUUUUGAUGUUUGUAAAGCAGGUUGGCUUUUGUUUUGUGUUGGUGAUUAAACUGAUUUUGAGGCAUAUCCUAUAAUAAAAUGGACACACGGGAGGAACGUCUGAAAAGUGUCCCUUUGUCUCCUUCAGCUGUGUUUUGUGAAACAAACCUGUUUUUUUUUGGUGAUCCAUCCAAAAGGGAAAUGUUUUAAGUGAAGGGCUAGAUGUGUGAAUAAUUGAGAUUGAAUGAAUUUGCUCUUAUUUUCUCCUGUUUUGUGCUGUUUCUUGCUUCUAUCUAAAUCCUAUGUGUCUUGCUUGAGUUAAUCUUUUACCUGCUCCCAGUGGCAGUUUUAGCAGUUGUAAGUGCUGGCCUCGACCACUGGAGGGCACUCUUAUCCCAUCUCCAAAAUGAAACAAUCAGAUAAGCAAUUUCUGUUCAUAUGUAGAUUCAGUACAUUAAAUUAAAUUACGGAAAAAAAAUUGAUACACAUGACAGUACAUUUGAAAGCACUGACUCUCAGGAUAAAAAGCGAUGAUGGUUAAAGACUGCUCUUCCAAUACAGGCUGAUGUCUAAGAUAUUUCAUAUUUCAUAUCUAAGACACUUAAGCCUCUGUCUGCUCCCGUAUUUGGCCGCCUCAUACGCUUUCUGUCCCUGCCUUUCUGCAGUGGUGCAUUUACGAUGGGUUUUUUUACAGCAGGAGGUCAGCAGUACAGAGCCAGUGGCCUGAGCAUUUGCCCGGAGUGAACAGUGUUUAUGGCCACAACUCGGCCUCUGACCAGCUUCCACUCUUCACUCUGGGAGACGGCACUGGGAGACGGUUUUGAUUUUGAUACAGACUGUGGAAGGGGACUGAAGGCACUCAGAUAUAAUGGUGUAAACAGGCUGACUGUGCACUAAAGACGCAGAAACUAUUUUAAAAAGGGGAGGAAAUUGUGAGUCAUUUGAUUCGAUUCAGAUGUUGCUAAUGCUUAGCUGGUGAAAUGGAAAAAGGUUGGUUUGAAACAGUCAUUAAAUUAAAUGUCUCUGAAUGUUUGUCCUGUUGGCAUAGAUUGAUCUCUUGAUUUUAAAACCUUUAUAUGCAAAAUUUAUAAUGUUUUGACAAUGCUCAAUUCUGUAAAAUAAAACUUAUUUUGAUACAACUAA